UUUACAAAUUUCAAAAUUUGUUGUAGCAAUCUUUUUUAGAAGGAAAAGCUUAAUGUUUCUAAUGCUUAUUAAUUAAAAGAGUGAUAUAAUGUUCAGAACCAAAAAAAUAGCUGAGCAUAUACGAAAGUUUGAUGCAUAUCCUAAAACAUUAGAAGAUUUUCGAAUUAAAACAUUUUCCGGCGCGGCUGUUACCAUAGUGAGUGCGAUCCUCAUCACAUUACUAUUCAUUUCUGAGCUCAACUAUUAUCUUACACCUGAAGUGACAGAAGAGCUCUUUGUAGAUGUCUCUCGCAGUGAGAAAUUGAGAAUCAAUCUGGAUGUCACAUUUCCUAGAGUAACUUGUGAAUUUCUUUCCAUUGAUGCAAUGGAUAUAUCUGGUGAGCAGCAAAUUAACUUAGAUCACAGUAUAUAUAAAAGAAGGUUGGAUGAAAAUGGAAAACCUUUAGAGAAACCAGAAAAAGAAAAAAUAGGAUCCUCUGCUGUUCUGAACAUGACUGUUCCUCCUACGUUGGAUCCAAACAGAUGUGAAAGUUGCUAUGGAGCUGAACUCCCACCAAGAAACUGUUGCAAUACCUGUGAAGAAGUUCAAAAUGCAUAUCGUUUAAGAGGAUGGGCUGCUCCUGAUGCAGAUAGUAUUGAACAGUGCAAAAGAGAAGGUUGGAAGAAGAAAUUGCAGUCGGUGGAUAAAGAAGGAUGUCAAGUUUUUGGAUAUCUUGAUGUUAAUAGGGUUGCUGGAAACUUCCACAUAGCCCCUGGGAAAACGUACAGUCAGCACCAUGUUCAUGUUCAUGAUCUGCAACCCUUUUCUGCUAGUCAAUUUAACUUAACGCACAGAAUAAGGCAUUUAUCAUUUGGGAAAAAUAUACCUGGAAAAACGAAUCCACUUGAUGGCACAAUGCAAGUUGCAGAUAAAGGUGCUAUGAUGUUUCAGUAUUAUGUGAAAAUUGUCCCAACAAUGUAUGCACGAGCUGAUGGUCAGACUUUGCACACAAAUCAGUUCGCUGUUACUCGCCAUCAAAAGCAAGUUUCUACUCUAUUUGGAGACCAAGGACUUCCAGGAAUAUUUUUCAUUUAUGAGUUAGCUCCUUUAAUGGUGAAGUACGGGGAAAAACAAAAGUCUUUUUUCCAUUUUUUAACCAGUGUUUGUGCAAUCGUUGGUGGAGUAUUUACAGUUGCAGGUAUGAUUGAUUCAGCAAUAUAUCAUUCAUCUAAAGUAAUACAGAAAAUAGAACUGGGUAAAGUGAGUUGAUACAUGUUGUCUCUAAUCACUCACAACCAAUCCUGAAAAGUACAGCUUUUAUUAAGAUGAAAUGAUUUUAAUUCUUUUUUGAAAUUCAAAAGAAAAUGAUCUGAUGUAUUUAUUAUGUUAUUAAAGUAUUUUUUUAAUUAAAUAUCACUUAUACUUUUAAAAGAUUUUUCUUCAUGAUUAAAUGUAAAUUGUCAACGUUAUUAAAAUAACUGUAUAAGAAUUAUCUGAAUUACAAAAUAAGAUUCUUUAUGCAGGCAAGUGUCAUAUUGGCUGAAAAAGAAUGAACCAAUUUAUUUUUACAUUAUCUUAGGAUUACUUUAAAAAUUAAUGCAAUGUGUGAGGACUGUGUCGUUAUCCAUUUUUUUUUCAUUGAUGGAUAUAAAUUGGAUUUUUCACCAGUGAGUGUGGAUAUGUGAUUCCGUUGUACAUACAUUUCUGAAUUUCAUGAUACAUACUAGUAAAAGUAUUGUUAAACAAAAUUAAAAACACAUAUUAUCCAUGUCUCAAUUUUUUUUUUAUUGACAUGCAAUACAGUGAGAAAUGAAAAAGUACACAAUACAUGUAAUGAGAAUUAAAAGCUUCAAGAGCAGUUAACAUUGUUGUCAAUUUUUUAAACACUGGGGUAUUAUCAGUUUUUAUAAUAACAUUUCAAUUUUUUACCAAUCAUUUUAUAACUAAGAAACACCCAAUUUUGUACAAUGCUGGCCAUGAAGAAUUGAUCUUUGCCUAAAAUUUGUAUUAUCCAAAUAACUGAAAAUUUGGAAUGCUUAGUAAUUCUGAUAAAACUGGUUUAAAAAAAUAGAUUGCAACAAAAAUAAAGCAUUUAAUAAGUUAAAUAUUCAGUUGAAAAUUAAUUUGUUGUAAUUUGAUUAAGUGUAGUUGAAGGUAUUCUAUGCUUUUUAUUAGGUUUAAAUAAGUACGUCAAUUGUUUUUGCUUCUAUAAAAUGAGAUUUGAUUCAAUGGCAACUAAAGUCUUAAUGAAUAUAAUACAAUGAACAUGAUAUGCUUUCGUCUCAACACAAAAUGAUGGCUUUGAAUUUACAUUUUGUGAUUAUGCUGGAAAAUUGAUUUGAAGUGAGAGUGAAAUUAAGAUUUAAUGGUAAGAUUAAUGCUAAAGUAUCGUGGUCCAAAAAGUUAAAAUACUUCGUAGAGCUGGAAUUGUAAGCUACCACAUAGAAACAGAACUAUAUACAGUAGAAGACCGUUAUAACGCACACCUUGGGACCUGAGCUUUUGCGUUAUACAGGUUUCUGCGUUAUAUAGAUCAUUUCACAAAUUUUGAAACUAAUAUUCAGAAUAAAUCUAUAUAUUAGCCUUUCAGAAUGAGUUUUAUCUGCAAUGACUAUUAAAGCACCAAUAUUACAAUUAGUUUUUCACAAAUAAAUAUGUUUCACAAUCAAAAUCCUGCACUUCUACUAGCUUCAUGGUUUGCAUAACAGUUGCAUUUUCAAGAGCCAUCUGGUAUUUUCUGUUUACUAUGAGGUACUAAUUUUCAAUUUAAAAGCUUUGAAAUAAGAUGGAAAGAUGAAAAACUUUCAAAAUUUAAUUUGCCUAACAAUUUUUUUUUUUUUUUUUUU